CGGGAUUCAACCAAUCGUAACCCCGAUCUCGGAAAAAGAACCCGCCUUUAUCCGCAAGGAGGCGGGAAUUGCCACGAAGCUCCUGUGGAGAGAGAGGAAGAAGCUGAAAAAAACCAAUAAGAAAGAUGGAGUUGAUGACGCCAGCCAAUUGGAACGUGGGGAGAUAACGGCCAAUGGGAGUGAAGGGACCCCGAACACGUGGGUGGGGAAGCUGAGCGCUGAGACCAAGGGCUAAAGCUGGGAGAUUGAAAAAUGCAGACCACCAAGGCACUGCUCCUUUCUCCAGUUCUGAUCCGCUCCUGUACCAGGGGUCUAAUCAGGCCUGUGUCUGCCUCCCUCCUGAGUAGACCAGAGGCCCCAUCUAAACAGCCUUCCUGCAGCAGCUCCCCUCUCCAGGUGGCCAGACGGGAAUUCCAGACCAGCGUGAUUUCCCGGGACAUCGACACAGCCGCCAAGUUCAUUGGUGCUGGGGCCGCCACAGUUGGUGUGGCUGGAUCAGGGGCUGGCAUUGGCACAGUGUUUGGUAGCUUGAUUAUUGGUUAUGCCAGGAACCCGUCUCUCAAGCAGCAGCUCUUCUCCUAUGCCAUCCUGGGCUUUGCCCUGUCUGAGGCCAUGGGACUCUUCUGUUUGAUGGUCGCCUUCCUCAUCCUCUUCGCCAUGUGAGGCUCCAUGGGGUCACCCAGCCGUCCCUGCUGCUUUGACUCCAUGCCAGUCCUGGUGCUGGAGUGUGCUGAGCUUUACCAUUAAACAACGUUUCUCUAAA